AUGCAAACACCAACCUUGGCCUUACCCACACACAGAAACAAACACAAACCUUGGCCUUACCCACAAAGAGAAACAGACACCAACCUUGGCCUUACCCACAAAGAGAAACAGACACCAACCUUGGCCUUACCCACAAAGAGAAACAGACACCAACCUUGGCCUUACCCACAAAAAGAAACAGACACCAACCUUGGCCUUACCCACAAAGAGAAACAGACACCAACCUUGGCCUUACCCACAAAAAGAAACAGACACCAACCUUGGCCUUACCCACAAAGAGAAACAGACACCAACCUUGGCCUUACCUACAAAGAGAAACAGACACCAACCUUGGCCUUACCCACAAAGAGAAACAGACACCAACCUUGGCCUUACCCACAAAAAGAAACAGACACCAACCUUGGCCUUACCCACAAAGAGAAACAGACACCAACCUUGGCCUUACCCACAAAAAGAAACAGACACCAACCUUGGCCUUACCCACAAAGAGAAACAGACACCAACCUUGGCCUUACCCACAAAAAGAAACAGACACCAACCUUGGCCUUACCCACAAAGAGAAACAGACACCAACCUUGGCCUUACCCACAAAGAGAAACAGACAACAACCUUGGCCUUACCCACAAAGAGAAACAGACACCAACCUUGGCCUUACCCACAAAGAGAAACAGACACCAACCUUGGCCUUACCCACAAAAAGAUGCAAGCAAAAACUUUGGCCUUGCCCAUGCAAAGAUACAAACACAAACCUUGACAUAA